CAGGUGUACCACGAGCGUACACACAGACCUUGUCUUACGGAACAUUCGACUCUGUUUAUUGGCGACCAACCUAGCCAUCGACUUCGUCCGUCUCUUUUGCUUCAUUCAUCCUCUCCUUCCGAUUCAAAAGACACUCUUGUCCACCAAAGCUGUCCUCAUCACCUUCCCGUUCAUCACUUUCCUCACGCCAGGAACAGCAGCAGCAAGGAACAGAAAUAAGAAGUACCUCAGUAUGAAACACCGCUGCUGGAGGAGCUUGUCGUUGUUGGCCGUCUUUAUUGUUCUGCUUGAGGGACUCGAGGCCCAGAUGGGGCCAGGCCCCGUUCAGUCCAGUCAGACGAUAUCUAUCCUAGGAGACGAGCUUUAUCUACAUGGAGGGUCAAGAUCAGACACAUUUCUAGAAACAAACUGCACUUCUGAACUCUGGCGGCUUAGGCUUGGACACUCUGUCUCAUGGAAUUUGUCGAGCGCCACAUGGGAGUCUGUUCCACUGCGUGAGGACUCAAUAGCACUCCCACCCGUCUCGGGUAUGGGUCUCAAAACACUUAUUAUACCCGGCAAUAAUACACUUUCGCUCGUCAAUGGCACGCCCACAACAGUCCAGAGUAUCUCGCCUUACAUGAUCGAGUUCGGAAGAGCUGGGUGUGCAGAUGAUGACGACAAGGACAGUGAGCAACAGGACGGAAAGGAGACUGUAACAGAUACACGGCCUUGGAUCGGCUUUAACAUCUAUAACCCCAUGAUGAAUACAUGGGAAUCAACUGAUCUUAUCAACGCUACAGCAGACCUCGGAUUCAAUGCUACGGCAGUGUUGGCGAUCGGCAACUGGCUAUCACCAACUGUGGCGGUCGAUUAUGUCAAUUUCGCCUGGUACAUCAUUUUGCAGAGCACUGCGCCCCUGCGACAGGUCAUCCUGCGAAAGGACCUUGCCGGUCUAACAAUAUUUAUGGGCGAGAUCGACCUUACUAAGAGUCACUCGACGCUCUUCCCAACCCAAUUGCUGUAUGAAGGAUGGAAUCUAACCAGCGUCUUGAACGAAAACGCUCCGUUUGUCGGCAAAGGCGUCGCUACGGUCGUAAGAGACAAGAUCAUCAUCAUUUCUGGAACGGCCAACUCAUUCACGCCUGGCGACAGUGAUACGGCGGAGCUACGCGGAUGUGACCAUGCCUAUGUGUUUUCGACAACCACGAACGCAUGGACUCGGCAGGAUCUGGUGGCUGCGAAUAACGGUGCAUUGCCAGAUACCAGGGAAAAGGCAGCGAUCCUAGCAGUCGGUAGUAAGAUUUACUUGCACGGAGGCGUCAAGCCAUAUCAGACGGUUCUUGGCGAUCUUUGGGUUCUAGACACGGAUACCUGGACAUGGACGCAGGCGCCUGACGGACCAGGGCCUCGUGCUGAUCACACGUUGUUUCAGUACCACGAGUACCUCCUCGCAGUAUCGGGUUUUGAUGUUGGUCGCAAUGUACCCGUCGUGUCUGUGCUGCCGAUUAUGGCGUACAACAUCAACACGACAGCAUGGACAGAUACCAUUCGCGCGACGCUCGACGAUGAGACUAGCUUCAUUACCAACAUAACUCGGGCGGCCAUCAUUAUUGGUACAAUCACGUUUGGAUUGGUUCUCCUCGUGCUGGCACUGUCGACACAUCUCCUCAGGAAGUGGAACCAGAGAAACUACACUAAGGUGGCAGAGGAUUUUGAACUAGGUGAGCCACGGAGAAAGACUGCUCAGCAAUUGCCAUCCAUCUUGAAAAAGAAGUAUACCGCCGACGAUGGCAGCAGGCGUUCAGGGAAAGCAAAGAGUCCUCAUAAUGAGGUGAUCUUUGAAGACCUGGAGGGCGAGUAUAAAGAUGCGACAGGCAAUGGUCGAUAUGCCGAUGACUCUGAGGGUUCAUUUGAUGAAGAGUUGGGAGAUGAGAGUGAUUACAAGGGAUUGCUGUCGCUAUCGCAGCCCAACCCAACAUCCAGGCCACCAAGACGGGUGCGGAUCGAAGAGCGUGUUGAAGAGCGAGUGGUCGAGGCAGUAGAGGAUGAUCAGACAGACGAGGAGAACGAGGAGGGCCAGAUCAUCGUCCGGGCACCUUCAGAGCCACCAAGUAGGGACGAGUAGAGGGCCUCAUGUACAGUUUUCUCUCCUACGCCGCGCCCGCAAUGACCUGCUUGACAUGCAUGCCGACUCUAUUUGGAAAUAAACAUCCCCUUGGUGUGAGAGCACUUAAGCGCAGUGGC